UUCAAAUAUACCGGCCCCGGCACUCCAGUUUGGGCAAGCAAAUCGUACCACUCGUUUUGUUCAACAUGACAGUUUUACAGAUUUUUUGUACAGUGGGGUUUAUACUUCUGACCGACGCUUUCAUUCUCAAACAACAAACAACCGGUGUAAAAGAUGAAAUAUCCUUCAGUGAUGCAAGCAUUGACAGCCAAAUGCAGAUCACAAAUCCUGAAGAUGACAACAAUGAAGAUCCGCUUUUCGUGUUAAAGACCACUCUAAAGCCUCCUGAAGUUACUUUUUAUGAAAAACAUGGUCCUUUUGAUGACGAUGCAUUCGUCAUACAUCCUCCUACGUCGACAGAAAACUCAAAAGGCUUAAGCCCUCUUCGUGAUACAAAACAUCUUUAUAACAGUGCUUCUGAUCAUAUUUAUCAGGGAAAUGACGUAACUCUGUACAAUAACCCUACCGAUGAGUCUGUUACCGAUGCGCCUUCGACUACUGAUGAUGGUGAUGAUCGUGAUGAUGAGGACUACGAAUAUUGGAACUAUAAUGGGACAGAUCUGACGAAGCACUGGAACUGGCCGCUGGUGUAUCACGACGAGAACUGUGGCCGCAGCAAACGUCUGGCAAGCAAGUCUAUUGGUGGCCGCAACGCCGACAUUGGAAAAUACCCGUGGAUGGCACGUCUUAUCCACAGAUCUUACAGAAAGGAUUUUGAAGUGGGAGGUUGUGGAGGAUCUCUUAUCAAUAAUCGAUACGUCAUCACAGCGGCCCACUGUUGCUUUAAGGACAAGGACGUAACACUGGCAUUCGUUAGGUUGGGAGAAUACGAUAUUCACCAUACCAAGGACUGCUUCAGAGGAAACUGUGCCCCUCAGCCCUUGGACGUUGAAGUGGAACAUAUUCAAAGACAUCCUCUUUACCAAAAUAAGAACACAUUUGACCAAGAUAUUUGCCUAAUUAGACUUUUUGAAGAUGUGGAAUUUACUGAUUAUAUACAACCAAUCUGUCUACCUUCUGCGAUCGAAACUGAUGAGAAACACUUACACAACAUGACGAUGACUGUCGCAGGAUGGGGAAGCAUUGAGAAUAACCCAAAAAAGAAACUUCCGCAUGUACUCCAGGAGGUCGACGUUGUCGGCAGGCCUACAGAGGUGUGUAGCUCGAUACUAGAUUUGGAGAUGGACUGGGAGAAUCAAAUCUGUGCUGCAGGGAAGGAACCUGCCCAAAGCCCCUGCCCUGGGGACUCAGGAGGUCCACUCAUGUACUACAACACCACAGGAGACUCAAGGAGAUAUAUGCUCAUGGGUGUCGUGUCUGCUGGCAUCUCUUGCUCCAACAGGGAUCCUGACACAAAUCCUGUCAUCUUCACCAGAGUGGCCAAUGCAAUGCCCUGGAUCUUGAGUACUAUUCACAACAUAGAUUAAAUGACUCAUCACACUCGUUUCAAAUACGGGGUUAAUAUAAAUUGCACAUAGUACUAAAGAUUUAUUUGUUCUUAAUUGCAGAAAACCGUGUUCUAAUAUUUUAAAUUGUCACUCAGAGUGAAAAUGAAACUAAUAAUUUGUCUUGUGUUACCUAAAACAUUAAUUUUAUGUAUCCACUGAAGUGCAAUCAUGAUUGUUGUUGUGGCCUAGCAUAGCUCUAACAUUGUGAAUAAAGCUUUAAAUUUGUGUUUAGAAA